AUGGCAUUUUUCAUCGAUGGUAAAGACUGCAUGAUCUCUGAAUGGAUCUUGUUGGCUGUCUCGUAUGUCUUUGUCGGCUUGCGUAUUUACGCCCGCCUCUUCCGCCAGCGAGAAAGACUAUCAUGGUCCGAAAUCCUUCUCAUUAUUUCCGCACUCAACGCCCUCGCGCUCAUCAUCUGUGAUACUUUGACUUUCCAACUUGGCGUCAUGGAUAGCUGGGAGCCGUCUGUCACGCUGUCCAAGAUCUCCUUUGCUUCCAACUACUUCUACGAUGUUGGUAUGGGCUUCCCUAAGAUGAGCAUGCUGGCUUUCUACUGGGCUUACUUCCAACCCUCCACUGGCAUAAGCUCUGUCAUGCGCAAGUCGCUAUACGGAAUCACUGCCUUUGUCUGCCUGUCAUACAUGGCCAUCCUUUGGGACGACACUUUCUUCUGCGGCAAGGACGUUUCUGUUCAGUGGUCUCAGGAGGAUGGAGCCUGCAGUGUCUUCUAUGCACCUGAGCCAUUCAUUCUCAAUUUCACUCUGAACCUGGCCUGCUACAUUGCCGUCUACGCUCUUCCUCUUAUCUUGUUGAUCCAAGGUGUCAUCAAGCCCUCAACUGGUGUCACGGUCACCUUUGUCUUCGGUACCCUAACUAUCUGUACCACUAUUGUUCGAUUCGUGACUCUUAAGGUCGGUACCGGACAGGAGAAUCUUGUUUACCCUCUCAGUAUGCUUGAGAUGGCACUAGCUAAUAUUGUUGUAUCUCUGCCUGGCUUGAAGCCGCUUGUAAACCGCUCUUCUAAGUAUGAGGCUACCAGUGUGGUGAUAGAGACCAAGAAUUAG